UUCCACGGCGUCACAAGAUCCGCCCCGUGACAUCAUUAGCUUAGCAUAAAUAAGUAGGAGCUGGUCCAUGGCUCAGGACCACUCUCCUGGGACUCCGGCUUCUUGACUUCUGCCUGUCCGCUCCUCCACCCCAAAACUCCAUCAUGGCUGGAGAAUUCAGUGCUGACCAGAUUGAAGACUUCAAAGAGGCCUUUGGUCUCUUCGACAGAGUUGGUGAUAACAAGGUUGCCUACAACCAGGUUGCUGACAUCAUGCGUGCCCUGGGACAGAACCCCACCAACAAGGACGUGAAGAAAAUCUUGGGCGACCCAUCUGCUGACGAUAUGGCCAACAAAAGAAUUGACUUCGAUGCUUUCCUGCCAAUGCUGAAGACUGUUGAUGCCGUCCAGAAGGGUACCUAUGAUGACUACGUUGAGGGUCUGCGCGUCUUCGACAAAGAGGGCAACGGCACAGUGAUGGGCGCUGAGCUGCGCAUUGUGCUCUCAACACUGGGUGAGAAGAUGACUGAGCCCGAGAUCGACUCUCUCAUGCAGGGACAGGAGGAUGAGAACGGCAGUGUCCACUAUGAGGAUUUCGUCAAGCACAUCAUGUCCGUGUAAGAGGCCGUCGGUUGAGAGAGUGGUGAAGAAGGCUGAACUCUAUCUGCAGACCCCAUGGUGUCAGGACAUCCAUUCUGUUUUGAAGACCAAUCAAUAAAAAGGACUAUGGGAUGCCACUUCUAAACCA